AUGGAGAAACACGCCCAUGCUCUCAGAAAGGAGAUCCAGACAGAUUUCACUCUCAACAGGGUCGUCAAGUACGCUCGAACGACUCCGAGAAAGCUGCCAUCUGCUGCUAAGCAGUAUCUCCUCGAUAAGCUACCCAUUGUUCAGUGGCUCCCACGAUACCAGGCAUCAUGGCUACCUUCAGACUUCAUGGCCGGUCUCACGAUCGGAGUCAUGCUCAUCUCACAAGGCUUAGCCUAUGCCAAGAUCGCCAAUAUACCCAUUGAGAAUGGUCUCUACUCGUGUUGGGUUCCAGCCGCCGUGGCAGUGUUCAUGGGGACAUCAAAGGACCUCUCAACCGGACCAACUUCACUGCUCGGACUCCUGACCGGAGACGUCGUCGCCGACCUGGGCGACGAAUACGGCGCCGCACAGGUCGCGUCGGCCCUGGCGCUCAUGGUCGGCGUGUGGGCGCUCGCCGUCGGGCUGCUGGGCCUCGGCUUCCUGCUCGACUACGUCUCGAUCCCGGUGCUGACGGGCUUCAUCUCGGCGACGGCGCUGACCAUCGGCAUGGGCCAGGUAGGCUCGCUGGUGGGUCUCAGCGACGUGCCCGACGGCGUCUUCAACCAGAUCGGCGACAUCCUGCGGCGCCUGCCGCACUGGGACGGCCCGACGUGCGGGAUCGGCAUCGGGUCCAUCGUGAUUUUGUUGGGGCUCGAGCAGGUCGGCAAGCGCUGGGGGAACCGCCACUUCGCCAUCAAGUACCUGGGCGCCAGCCGCGCCAUCAUCGUGCUCGCGCUCUUCACGCUCAUCUCGUGGGGCGUCAACAAGGACCGCGACUCGGACGAUUUGCUGUGGAGCAUCAGCAAGGUCGACACGGACGGCAUCGUGACGCCGCGGGCGCCCGCGGCCGGGCUGAUAUCGAAAGUCGCCGUCCGCGCCAUCGCGCCCUUCAUCGCCGGCACGCUCGAGCACCAGGGCGUCGGCAAGGCCUUCGGCCGCCGCAACCACUACGUAAUCGACCAGACGCAGGAGCUCAACUACUUGGGCGUCACCAACAUCGUCAACAGCUUCUUCGGCGCCAUGCCUGUCGGCGGCGCCAUGUCGCGCACCGCCGUCAACUCCGAGUGCGGCGUCCGCAGCCCGCUGAACGGCAUCGUCACGUCCGCCUGGAUCAUUUUGACGCUGUUUGUCUUCUCGCCGGCGCUGUACUGGCUGCCCAAGUCGACGCUGGCUGCUAUUAUUAUCAUGGCUGUCAUCCACUUGUUCGGUCCGCUUUCGCUGGUGUGGCGGUACUGGCGUGUCUCCCUGGCUGAUUUCAUCGCCUGCAUGGUGGCAUUCUGGGUAACCAUCUUCGUCUCGUCCGAGAUCGGCAUCGGCGCCGCCGCAGCCUGGAGCGUAUUCUGGACGCUCCUGCGCGCCGCCUUCACCAACCCGUCCGUGUCCACCAGCCAGCACCAGCAAUCCUCCUCCAGCCCCUCCACAACGACGCACCAGCCGCCGCAGUUUCUCGCGCGCGCCGCGACGCACGAUGGCGCCGGCACCGAGAACGCGGGCGGCCUCAUGACGAUCCCAGACGACACGGCGGUGGUGCGAUUUUCGGACGCCGUCUUCUUCCCCAACGCAGCGCGCAACAAGGCGCGCGCCCUCGAGGCGAUCCAGCUCGUGUACCCGGCCGUCGAGUCGCCGCACUACAGCGCGGACGCGGAGCGCUCGUGGAGCGUGGCCGCAGACCGGCGGCUGGCGUGCUUGCGGCGCGAGCGGAACGUCGCGGUCAAGGACAUGCCGCUGAGCGUCGUCGUGUGGGAUUUUGCGCUCGUGCCGUUCGUUGAUGUGACGGGCGUCACGGCCCUGGCGGAAUUGAAGGACGAUAUCCAUCGCCAGUUGGGGCGCGGCGUGCAGGUGAGAAUGGUGGGCUUGACGGCGAAGGUAAGGCAUAGGUUUGAGAGGGCUAGGUGGAAUUUGGUUGAUGCCGAUGGGCUGCAGGAUGAUGGUGCGGAUGUCGUGUAUCCGUCGCUGGAAAGGGCUGUUUGGGAUGAGAGGGACAGCUUGAAGGGUGUUGUUACGGAGAAGUCUUGA